AUGGACACUCUCAUUGAUGGACUUGUGGAUCGAGUAUCCAAAUUGCUACCUUUCAAUUCUCGUUCCACAACGAAUACAAUGGGAGAUCUACGCCAAACAGCAACCUCUCUCAUCAAACUCUCCAAUUAUCAAUUGGAUGCUGUUGUCGGCGGUCUCAUUCACAUUAAUACAGCACUCGAAAAGAACUAUCAUAAUGUCAUGACGUCCCCAGAGGCACUUGCUUCGAUGGGACUCAAUUUGCCAGGAUUCACAGGCUCUGCAUCAUCAUCAGACAAUGGUAAAGCCUCUCUCAAUGAUUUUACAUCAGGCAGCAACACAUCCAACACCACCCCCACAGCAACUCCAACAGCCUCACGAUUGAAUUUAUUGGACGGACUCAAAACAGCUGUGACCGAUAAACUCGGAGGUGGCGACAAAAUUUCGGGCAGUGGUUCCACAGGUGCAAAUUCUUCCUCCACUUAUCCCAACAAUAGCAACACGAUGAUGAGUUCCUCUUCCCUCAUGAACAACUCAAUCUCUUCCACUGCAAGUUCCGCCUCUACUUCCCAAAUACCUCCCGAAGCUCUCCACGCAAUGGAAGAAGAAGUCUACGAACGUUUCGUUCGUUCCAAAAUCAUUAUUUUUCAACUUUUUUUAAAAACCUUGAGUGCCGCCAUCAAAUACGAUCGUUUGGAUCUACGAUUCGAUGAUGAUCACUUGCUCAUGAUUGAGGCAGAUUCCUCCAAUGUGGAGGCUUCUUCUUCCUCUGGCUCGAAUGCCCCUACCUCCUCGUUUGAGGCCACGAUAGGUAACAGUGCAGGGUUUGGAGAAGACUUGGAUUGUGGAAGCAGCACUAUUGCGACCACCCUGACCGAUCUCAAUGUCGGAAUGGACGAUUCGGCCACAACCUCUGAAGAAGAAUUGAUUCCACCUGCUGGUUUCAAAGAAGAUGAAAUUCCAAGAUUGAAUAAUGACUUUUCAGAGACUCUUUUAACGCAAAUUAUGGAAACCUUGUUUAAUUUGAAGAGUCUUGCAUCGAGUGGUGGUGGAAGUGGUGUCGGAGGAAUUUUGAAUGCCAAUACCAAUACUGCCAAUGAUGAAUCCUCCAAAACCAAAGGACCUAAUCAAUAUUUGAAGCAUUUGGCUGCUCGUGUCCUCUUCAAAUUGUCAGUUGUAAAUUUUGAUGUCGUAUUCGUGAGAAUUGAGGACUUCUUUAAAAAGAUGAAAUCCGAUGAGGUCGACGAAAGAAUUUAUCAAAUGAUUGAAUACAUCAAUUUUGAUGCUGCUAAAUUGACAAGAUUAAUUGCACUCUUGAAUGAAGUUCAAGCUAAAUUGAAACAGAAGGCCUUUGUUGCUCUUGCUGCUCCGUUGAGACAAGCCAUUUGGAAUUGGAUCACAAAUUAUCCUCAUCAAUUUAUUUCAAAUUGUCAGAAAAAGACUGAAUUACCUGGAGGUCCACAAAAACUCUUUAAUGUGAUUGCAGAGAGAAAAUUGAAAAAGCAAAUUCCACACAUAUGGCCACUUCAAGCCAUGAUUCUCUUGUUGUGUCCAGAAGUUUUUGCCAAUACCAUUAUGGCAGUGAAACAAGGCGACAAACCAAAAGCAACUGAAAAGAAGGAACACAAAUUCUUGGAAAAAAUCUUGAAGGCACUCAAAGAAAAGAAUACCAAACGUGAUGUCAAUUCAGAUACUGCUGUUGUGUGUUUCGUUGAUUAUUAUAAGGCCAGUACCUAUUUGAAGAGUAGAGAUUUGACAGCAUUCCGUUUCUUGAAUAGUGAAGUGCAAAAUGCUCUGCAUGAACGUUUGAUGAAUGUCGAUAACCCAGUUCGUCGUUACGGUACCGAAGAAGUGGAUGUCAAAUUGAUGGUCGACUUUUUCGUUUCUGCCUACAGAAUCAAUCAACGACAUGUGACAAGUUACAUUUUCCCUCAUUGCUUCAAGUCAAAGAAUACUGUUUUCAAGUUGGCUUUGGCUAAAGCAAUGCUCAAAUUGGCCCGAAAGAAUUCUACUUCUCUCAAGUGGCAUCCAACUCUCGCUCAUAGCUACAAACAUAUUGCCAAGUUCGUUCGUACCAUGUUCCAAGAAUUACUUCAACAAGAAAGUCUUUUGUAUAAUAAGCGUUCGCAAGUUUCACAACCAUCCUCCAAUUCUAGUUCACAAACACCACCCUCAACUGAGACUUUAUUGGCUUGCUUGGCUGUGUUCUAUGCUGAGCCUCGUCUAGUUUUAGAAAACACAAGUGACAAUAUUGCUGGUCACAUUAACGAAAUUUUAUACUUCUUUGUUGGUUUGGUGAAUUGCUUGGAAGGUGUCUCAAAUUAUCAAGUUCAGGCUCAAGCUUACAAAUUGCUUCAAAAAUUGUUCCAACCACACUACAUUAUGCAAUGGUGUCCACAGGAUAUUGCAACAGGUUUUAUUGACUUGAGCUCUUCAGUUAUUUCUAGAUUAUGCUUUAUCUUAUUCCAAGAUAAGGAAUCACAAGGACAAAAUGUCACUACAAUUUUGGAAUUGGUCAAAGAUGUUUGUACUGCAUCGAACAAGUUCUUAAGCUUACACAAGGACAAGAUCACUGAACAAAACCUUGCAAGCAGAAAACGUACUCAAAUGUGGGAAUCUGCCGAGUCCACAUUACUAGUUCUUUUGUGCUCUACUGAUCCUGAUAUUUGGACAACUGCUGCAAGCGUUUUCGGAGAUUUGUGUGACAUGAUCGACAUUUUGGAGAAUAAGGAGACUCACAAUGGUAUUGCUCAAAAUUAUCAACUCUAUCGUAAGAUUUCGAAAUUGGAUGAAUUGGGUAAAACAAGAAACCAUCAACAGAAAUCAAUUCGUCGUCUCUUACGUCGUGUCGAGCUGCAAACCAAGGCAAACUUGGCUGCAUUUAUUGAAAUGUACUCUAGAUGGAAGGAUUUCACCAAGACCCUCGAGGAAGGAUCCAUCCGGAACAAGGAAAUGAUCGAUGACGCACGUCUUGUUGAACACACUCGUUUGAAGAAUUUGUGGAAAAACUAUACUGCAUUUUUGUGUUCGAUGGGUGGUGUCUGCUUACAAUCAAGCGAAAGCUUGUUGACUCCUCAACAACAACAACAACAGCAACAACAAAACCCUCAAUCUGCACAAGAUCAAGAAAACGAUGGUUCUCUCUCAGCCAGAGGUGCUAGAGCUGGAACUGCUCUGAAAAAGGAAAAGAAGGACUUCUCCAUGAAAGAUGACCUCAUUAGAAAUUUGAUGAGAUUGGUGAUCAGUGAUGUACCACUGAUUCGUGACAAUGUUGCACAAACGAUUGGUACCGAAUUGGCUCCAUCACUUUAUGGUGUCUUGUUCCAAAAUUUGCAUAGUUAUGUCUCUGGAUGUUUCGAAGAGGGAGCAUCCAUUGUUAAAGUGUCGGCAACAUCUACAUUAUUCGUGGAAAAGGCCAUCCAUAUUGUUCGUUCUGUUUUGGAACAAGCUCAGGAAAACUCUGAAGAUUUGGCUAUGGCAAAGUUCGAGACUUUGAUUUUGAGCUUUAUUAGAUAUUGUUCUCAACUUGUUCUCAACAAGGAUUACAAUGUGAUCAAAUGUAAAUUAUGUAUUCUCAUUGAACUCAUGAUGAAGAGAAAGGAGUAUAUUACAUUCAACAAUGAGAUCAUGUUCAGAUUUGAAUCAUUGAGACAUAUUAGUGAAUGGAUGAGUGAAUUCGUCAACAAGACAGCCGUUAAUAGCACAACAUCUGUUGUUGAACUAGAUUUCCCUAAUCUUGAUGCUCUAUGUAUGAAGGCAAUUUCUGCAGUGCUUAAGGAUUUGAGCUUUACCAAGGUUCGAGACAAACAAUCGUCAGGAAACAGCUCUGAAAAGAAUGAAGAUAUGAAUAAGCGUGAAUUUAUCAAGUACUUCUCUUUCCUUUCGAGAUAUUUGACUCGAUCCAAGACCGAUAAGGAUGCUCAUCCUCAACUCAGAGAAUACACCAUUCUCUCACUUGGAAAUCUUCUCGAGUCUAACAUUAACUAUGGUCUUGAACAAUUCAUGAAAAUGACCUACAUUGAAGAUCAAGAAACUCGAUCUGCUUUCUUGAGUGUUUUGACUCGUGUCAUGAAGCAAGGUAUUCAGUUGGACGAGGAACAAAGUGCCGAAACUGUCAAGAAAUAUGACAAACUUCUUAACAUUUUGCUUGACAGUCCUCACUUGGAUUUGGUCUUCUUGAUGCUGUCAAGUGUUUCAGUGAGUGAAAUGGAUGACUUGUGUAAGGCUCUCAUUCGAUUAUUUGCUGAAAGAGGUAAAGCCCUCGAUCUUCUCAAGAAGUUGAUCGACAAGGAAAUUGAAGCCACCACAUCGGUUUCGACUCUUUUCAGAGCUAACAGCUCUGCUUCUAAAAUGUUAACCGCAUACUGCAACACAGUUGCUGCAUCAUACAUGGUUGAAACUAUCUCUGAACUUGUUAAAAAGAUUGUUUCUGAUCCAGUCUGUUUCGAAAUUGAUGACACAAAAUCACUCAAGGAAGGAGAAACAAUUGAAAAGAACGCUGCACAUCUUGCAUCAACAGCUCAAGAAUUUUUGGAACGCAUCUUCUCAUCUAUUGAUGCCAUGCCAUCCCAAGUUCGUUAUAUUUGCAAUUAUCUUGCCCAAUCUGUGAACAACAAAUAUCCUCCACAAAAAGGCGAGGAGGAUAAGCACUCUGCCAAACAUGUGAUUGUAGGCGGUUUGUUGUUCCUUCGUUUCUUGAACCCUGCGAUUGUGUCUCCAAAGAACUCUGGUAUGGUUGAUCAAACUCCAAGUCCUGAUGCCUCGAGAUUCCUCCUACUUGUGACUAAAUUAUUGCAAAACGUUGCUAACGGUGUUAAAUUUGAGAGAAAGCAAGGUGGCGCAGCAUCAGAUAACAAAACAAUCAAGGAAGGCUACAUGGUCAGAAUGGAUGACUUUGUUGUCAAGAAUCUCGAGAGAGCUCGUAAAUUCUUCGAUUCAGUUUCAGCUGCAGUACCAUCUGAUUUCAAGGAAACAGAACACAUUCUCGAGGAUGAACUUCGUGAAGAGAACUUUAUUUGUGUUCACAGAUUCCUCUUCAAUAAUAUGGAAAAGAUGCAACAACGAUUGGUACAAUUGCAAAGAUCAGGCUCAAAUAAUCUUCCUCAAAAGUCCAUCAAAAAAUCAAUUGAAGAAUCUAUGGAUGCUCUUGCAGUCUCACCUGUGACAGAUCCAAAGAAAGUUUCAGAACAUAUGGAACGCUUGCAAGCUGUACUUACUGAGCUCGGUAAACCUCCAGAAAAGGAACAAAAGAAAGCAACAGUUGCUGCAGCAUCUGAAGAGUUUAGUACAGGACAUUUGUUGCAACUCUUCAGUGACAACAAGGACAAGGAUCUUACUCAAAUCGAAGAACGUAGGAUCUUUUACAAGUCUGGACAAAGCAAGGAGCAACGACCAGUCUUCUACUUUAUUCUCCAAAACUUGGGCGCUCAUUUUGCAGAACAAAGUUCUGGAGACAAGGAAGAUGAGAAAGUCAUGUACCACGUAUUCAAGACCCUCUUGACUGCUUGGACAAAACCCUAUGAAAUUGUGGUAGAUGUCACUGGUUUGCGUGAAGAGACUGGACUCCAACCUGGUCACAUUGUGAACUUCUUCAAAACAUUACCUCCUGGCGCAAGAAAGAAUUGUGCUCGUGUCAUCUUGUUCAAUCCAAAUUCAUACCUCAAGACGCAUCUUUCUCAAAAGUUCUCAUAUGUUAAGAGAAAGGCCAUCAAGAAGAAGCUCUCGUUCUGCAUCUCGAUCCGUGAAUUGGAAGAAUUUAUUGAAAGGAAGAAUAUCGAUUUACCUCAAUCCACAUUAGAUUAUGAACGUGAUGUUGAAUCAACUUUUGCUCCUGCAUGGAUUUUGUCUCAACGUGGAGAGAGAAAGGAAGCUAUCAUCAAAGUUUCCAAGAAGUAUUUGUGUGUCAUCACCUUGGAAGACUCUAUUCUCAAUCAUGACACAAAGAAGAUUGACUUUAUUGAGUUAUUGUCCAUUUCUCAUGCCACAAUUUCCACAAGUGGCAACAGUGAACAUGUCUCUGUUGAAUAUGGAGGAAAUAACAAGAUCAUGUUGAAGGCUGAAAAGAAUGAUCUCCUUCUCAUGAAUAUUAGAAACUCCAUUUUCAGACAAAAGAGUGAAGCAUCAUUGGAUGACAGAGUCGGAAGAGAACGUGCUGAAGGUAUUCGUCAACAAGAUAUUCCAGGAUCAUUAUUGAACAUGUGUUUCCUCAACUUGGAGUCCAAAUUCCCUCGAACAAGAACAGAGGCUUACAAUUUAUUGGCUGCUCUUGCUGAACAAUUCGAAUUCCCUGUCACAUUAAUGGAAACAGACUUGAUUUGUGUUCCUCACAACACUGGAGACUUGGUGGUUCACUUGUCUGAACAAGUCAGUAAGGCCAAGCCAAUGUUGACCACUCAAUUCCUUCGAGAAGCUUUGCGUGGAUUCAACAAGAUCAGUUUACCAUACAAGUACUUGUGCUUGAAAUACAUGAAGCCAUGGAUUAAGAACUUGUCCGUUAUUUUCGCUCAAGCCAAUGAUGUCAAACAACAGCAACAACAACAACCAAUGAGUUCCGAUAUUAAGGGUGGUUCAUCAUAUGAUAUCGGAGUGUUGAAUGGUUCCCUCAUGACUUCCUAUGAAGCUCAAGUUCAAAUUGAUAGAACCAAUGAAUGGUUCCCAGAUUUGGUCAAGUCCACCAUUGACUUCCAAGAUAUUUAUCCUGCUGUAUUGUCUGAAAUUUGGGGAGAAUUGUCAAAAGAUGGAGCUCUUGUUGACAUUUCAAUGAGAUGUAUUUUAAAUGCUGCUCAUGAAGCAGGACCAAAAUCAUCCAAGAAGUUUGACAUUUUGAAUGACUUGGUAAUUACAUUGGCAUCUGGUGGACAUGCUCCAAUCGUUGUCAACAUGAUUGUUGAGCAAAUGAUGAAUGUUAUAGAUACAGAAAUUCGUGAAGUGAGUGACAAUCUUGAAGAGAGUCCAGGAUGGGCAAAGGCAAUUAUUUAUUCAAGAUUCUUGCUCAUGUUGAGUUUCCAAAACAGAAUUUCAGUCUUGGAGAAUUUACCAACAUUGAUUUAUAUCAUUUCCAUGAUGAUCGGAAGAGGAAACAUGUUCCUUCGUUCGACAAUUCGUGCUCUAACCAUCAACGUUGUUCACUCGUUAGCCACCAGUCUUUCAUUCACCAACGAACACAAGAAGAUUAUGCAACAACAUUUGAAUAAUCUUGUUUCUGAUAAAUUCCAAAUCAUGUUCAUGGGAACAGAUGCUGCUCGUGACAUUGAUCCAUUCGUGUCCUUUGAAGAAGGAAGCAGCGUCACCACAUCUUCUAAAAAGGAGAAACCAUUGAAGAUUUCUCCAAUUACCAUGUGGGAUUUAGAAACUUUGACCCACUUCUUCUAUGAAGUCACCAAGACUUGUUACUUGGUAGAUCCAGAAUUACAAAAAGGAUGGCACAAGGAACUCGUUCAAUUAUGUCGUUCACAAGCUACCAAAGCAAGUCCAGUUUUCCUUCCUCGAUUGUUGACCAUGUAUGGAGUCCUUGUAAAACCAGGAGAAGAAACUCAAGAAACACUUCCAUUUGUUCUUGAUCGAGUUGUUGAGAGCUUCUCCUCCCUCACCGAUAACACUGUCACAACCACCACUCCAUCCUCAUUCCGUAAUGACUAUCGAGUUGCUUCUCUUCUUUGUCUGGGUCAGUACAGUUACAAGAUUUCACCUGAUGAACCAAUCAUGAAGCAAUUAUUUGCCAUUCCAAUUGUACUUCUCGGUUUGAGUGACGAGUUUUUAUUCCCAGCAGUGGUCCAUUUGUUGGAUUGCGUGUUGAAUGCUGUUGCAGCUAGUCCUCAAUUCCAACAAUGUGCAUCUAUUGAGGAAUAUUUCAAUACCUAUUGUCGUGUUCAGGGAUCUUUGAUUGAUAAUCUCAUUACCAAAUUUGAAGUCACUUGUGGAGUCAGCUUCCGUACUCACUUCUCUUUUGCAUUGAGCUGUCUCUUAUUACGUGGUCUCACCAAUCAACAAACCAAAUCAGUCACCAGUAAUAUGUGUGCAACCAUUAUUUCAAUUUCUGCUCGUUUACAAAAUAAUAGAUUGUUAAUGACUGGUGAGAUGGAUGAAGAUUCUAUGAUGAGCACCAUUGAUAAUCCACAAUUGCAAAGUUCUUCUCAAUCUGACAUGUCCAAUGCUUCCACUCCAACCACUGCUGGCUCUUCCACAUUGUCACCAAUUUCUUCCAAGCCAAUGAGUGAUUCCUCUAUCAAGUUCUACUUCUCCAUGUUAGGUUUUAUUGCUGCUCUCAUUCCAAGUGACUAUGAAAAAUUGAAUUCUCUCAUUGGUGUGAAUCGUCUCUUCGCCAACGAAAAGAUUUUCACAUCUGCAAGCUAUACUGCACUUCUCUUUGCAAGAUAUUUGGUCACUGUAGUACAAAAUGUUGACAUGGAUACUGAGAGAAUUGCAAUUUAUUCACUCUUGCAAGAUGCCUUCCAAAAAUUACCUUCAGUGUUCAUUCCAGUUUAUCCAGAUAUCAUGCCACACAUGAUCAAUGUAUAUAAUAAGGCCAACAUUACACGUAUUGCAGAAGUAUCACUCACGUUGAUUGACACCAUGAUGCAACAAACAGAUCAAAAGAGCUUCAAACCAAAUCCAUCGUCAAAUUAUGAUGAAAUUUUAGCAAAGGCAGGAUUUGGAGGUUUGUUCCGAUUGGGAUCUUUCAAGAUUGCGACCGAUAAGACACGACAUGACAUGAGCGUUUUGCUAGUUGGAUUUUUAAAUGAUAUUUGCAAAAAGUAA